CCUAAAUUACCCAUAGAAGGUGUAUCAUUUAUAUUGGCAAAUGACUUGGCAGGAGAGAAGGUAUUUGCUAAACCCCAAAUUAAUGUAGCAAUUCUAAGUACUCCAGACAUAAACGACGGUGAACAGCUUGCAGAAGAAGACGUGGGCAUGUUCCCUGCCUGCGCGGUCACGAGGAGCAUGCGGGAGGCAAGGCGUGUCGGGCACGACUUCCCACGGUAGCUCGUGCGAGUCAGUGCGUACGUAAUAAGGACAAGAGGGUGAUGAGUUUUCUCGCUGACUAGAUACCUUUGGCCCCACUCACAGACGAGGUAAUAUUCAGCACAGGAGUCAGUAUGAAAGAAGAGCACAGUGGAGACAUUACUGAAGAGACGAGUCUGGAGAUUAAGGAAGAGCCAAUUGAUUAUGCAGAUGAAGGAAGAGAUGAAGUGAAAGUGAAACAUGAAAUUCCUCUCUUUAAGGAUAUCCAAGAGCUCAGGCAUGAGGUAAAUGAAAAACACUCUUGUAACAUGAUUUAUGAUUACAAUGACUUAUCAAGAGCCAAAUCUGUGGCUGAGGAUUAUGGGAACAAGUGUUUAUCAGAUGAGGAUCAGGAUCAGGCUACGUACAAGGAAAAUUGUAUGGAGGAUACAUGUAGGGAAAUGAAAGUCACAUUGAAUCAUAGUGUUGGUGAUGUAUAUAAUAAGAAAGUCCAUUGCAGUGAUGUCACUGAGAAGCCAUGCCCCUGUCAGAUUUGUAAUAAAGACUUCAAUGAGGCUUGUAGUAUAGUAAGGCACAUGGGAAUCCAUAUAAAAGAGAAGACAUACAAAUGUGAAUAUUGCAAUAAGACCUACUCACUGAAAAGUUGUCUAGUGGGACACAUGAGAGUACAUACUCAAGCAUACAACUGUGAUGUUUGCAAUAAGAUUUUCACUGAGAAAAGCCAUCUCGUAAGGCACAUGCGAGUGCAUACAAAGGAGAAGCCAUACAGCUGUGAGAUUUGCAAAAAGGCCUUUUCUGAGAAAGGUCAUCAAAUAAGGCACAUGCGAGUGCAUACAAGGGAGAAGCAACAAAGCUGUGAGAUUUGCAUAAAGGCCUUUUCUGAGAAAAGUCAUCUUGUAAGUCACAUGCAAUUGCAUAAAAAGGAGAAGCCAUAUGGCUGUGACAUUUGCAAUAAGGUUUUCUAUGUGAAAAGUUCUCUCGUAAGGCACAUGCGAUGGCAUACCAAGGAGAUGUACAGCUGUGAGAUUUGCAAUAAAGAUUAUUGUGAGAAAAGUCAUCUCAUAAGACACACACAUGUGCAUACAAAGGAGAAGCCAUACAGCUGUGAGAUAUGCCAAAAGGCCUUCCCAUCCAAAGGGGAUCUAGUAAAGCAUAUCAGAGUACAUACAAAGGAGAAGCCAUACUCUUGUGAUAUUUGCAAUAAGGCCUUCUCAUUUCAAUCUAAUCUUGUGACGCAUAGAAGAAUCCAUACGAAGGAGAAGCCGUACAUCUGUGAUAUUUGCAAUAAGGCUUUCUCACAGAAAACUAAUUUAAUUAGCCAUAUUAGAGUACAUACAAAGGAGAAGUUAUAUAACUGUGAGAUUUAUAACAAGGACAUGGCAUAUAAAAGUUGUCUGGUGAGCCAUAAGAGAGUCCCUACAAAGCAGAAGCCAUUCAGUUGUGAGAUUUGCAACAAGGCCUUCUCACAGAAAACUAAAUUAGUAAGACGUAUGAGAGUACAUACAAAGGAGAAACCAUACAUAUGUGAUAUGUGUUAUAAGGCCUUCUCACGGAAAGAUCACCUAGUCAGCCAUAUGAGAGUACAUACAAAAUAUAAACAAUACUGAAGUGCCAUUUGCUAUAAGGUCUUUUCAUGAAAAGAGAAUCUUAUGAGGCACUUGAGAAUACAUAAGAAGACAAUCCAAAGAACUAAGAUUUGCAAUAAUCAAUCUAUUGAGCCAUAUUAGAGUACUUGAAGAGAAGAAACCAUAAAGUUGUGAAACUUGCAAAAGAAUAGUCUAGAAACAAAAAAAAAAAAA